AUGCCCCCCGAGGUCAGAGUAGAACGAACAAGAAGAAAGAAGAGAGAAGAAGAAAAAGAAGAAGAGAACGAAGAAGUGUGUUUGUUUGUUUGUUUUUGGUGCAGCGAAAAAAGUGCCGAAAGUGUGGAUACCUUGAACUCGGAGUCGCGUACGGCGCUGCCACUGGCGGCUCUGCUGCUGCCAUCAUCGUCAUCGUCAUCAUCAUCGGCCCCGCUGCCACCGGCGCUACCACCAAGAAGAAGGCAGCAGCAGCAGCAGCAGCAGCAGCAGCAAGUCCCUUGCCGCCCCCCGCCCGUCAUCAUCCGUUCAUCCAUCACCGGUGUGCUGUGCGGGCCGACGACGACUACGACGAAGACUACGACGAAAACUACGACAACGACGGCGGCGCCGACGACUACGACGACGACUACGACGACUUCGACGACUACGACGACGACGACGACGACGACGACGACGACUGCGACGACGACUGCGACGACGACUGCAACGACGACUGCAACGACGAGUACGAUUCCGACUGCGACUACGACUUCGACAGUGACGAUUGCGACAACGACGACGACAAACGCGAGCAAGACGACGUUGCCCGCGGCCCACCAAGGCGAGCCGUCCCUCGUACCGCCUCACUAUCCUGCGCCUCCACGGCCCCCGACUAGAAACGGUGGGGAUGAAGCGCGUGUCGCGAGGGCGAGGGGAAGCGGACGCGGAGUAUUACCGAGUACCAUCCUUGCUAAUGGAACGCCCCCGUCGAGAGUGCCACCACCUCGCGCGGGCUGGGCUGUGCGUAUCACGACAACAACACUCCAACAGCAGCAACAGCAACAGCAUCAGCAGCAACAGCAACAGCAACAGCAGCAGCAGCAGCAGCAGCAGCAGCAGCAGCAGCAGUGUACUACGCCGAUUCUUCCAGGUAGUAGAAGGACAGCAACACCGACGAACGGUGUUCAACGAUGGGCUAGCGGGCAGGCGACGUUGUCUUCGUCGAGUGCAUCACUGGCGAGCGGGGGAGGAGAAGAAUCAGUCCUACCGAGUGUACUCCGAGGAGGAAACGGAGUUCGUCAGCAACAUCAACAGUUUCAGUUACAGUUACAAUUACAACAACAGCAGCAGCAGCAGCAACGACAAAACUACCAGCACCAGCUGGAGGAUCGUAGGGAGAACGAGGAGGAGUUGGAGGCGACGAAGAAGGAGGAGUGCCGUCCUCGUCAUCAGAGACAUCAGCAAGGGGACUGUUUUGAACUGAGAGGUCGGCAGAUGUCGCAGAAGAAUGCGAUACCGGGGCUCUCGCGGGCUGCCGUCGUCAAUGGCGUCGUCGACGGCGAGCAUGUACGCGUCCACGACCACAAUCGACCGUUCCCACCUCCAAGAACGUCCCCGUCAAAUACAGGGACGACGAAUACAGGAACGACAACAACAGCAACAACGACAGCAGCAGCAGCAGCAGCAACGACGACGACGACGACGACGGCGUCUCCGACGUCGACGACGACGACGGCCCUGAGGAUACCAAUGACGGCACCGUUGGCACCCCUUUCCUCUUUGAGUUCCUCCUUCAGGAGUAGACCGACGAGCAACGUGCGGACUCCGCCAGCUCAGAGCUUCGAAUCGUCACCGUCUCCGGCCACCUUGCAAACUGCUGUUUCCCCGAGGAAUCUCCUAACGCCUACCUCGAUGGACGUCCCCACUCCACCAAGGAGUCCGCUCGGCGAAGUUAGCUUGGCUACACCGAGGCCGGAUGGUGAGAGGAUCAUCAACGAAUACGUUGAGACACCGUUCAAGCAACAAUCCAAUGUCGUUGAACGUCGUCUCGACGGUAUCGUCCUAGUCGACACCAUCGACGGCAAACGUUCGGGCAACGAUUGUCCGAAAAAAGAGAGGGCAAGGUCGCGAGGUAAGCAUGCCACGGACAGUGGCAUACCGAGCCUUCAUCGAGCCGUCGUCAACAAUACCAGCGGCUCUAGGCGUCGGGGUUUGGUAGACGCGAGCAAUAAUCAUUCAUCGGGUAUUAUCCUGUCGGGUACGGCUUCGACGAUUAACACGGCUCCUGCUACGGUUAGGAUAUUGAGGGAAGGAGGCGACAGGAGGGCCGUAACGAAGCAACCGGUCUCCUUCACUAAGGAACCAGCGAACGCCCUCGGCUCGAGGACCUACGAACCCGGUCUCUCGAUCAUCUGCGAAUAUUGCGGGAGGUGUCGUUGCGAGUCUUGUCGGGAACCACCCCCGUUACCUAGCAGAUGGCUCUGUAACGAUUCCUGCUUUUGCUCGGCCGAGACUGUCCUCGAUUAUGCCUCAUGCCUGUGCUGCGUGAAAGGACUGUUUUAUCAUUGCGUCGAUGGCAAUGGCGGAGGUGGUGGACCCGGUAGCGGUGCCAACGGGCCAUCCUCGAUGGACGUCGACAAUGGCGAGAGUUGUGCCGAUCAGCCAUGUUCUUGCAGCGGCAACAGGACCCUAUCGAGAUGGGCCUGUCUCAGUGCUUUGACCCUAGCGAUGCCUUGUUUACUUUGCUAUUGGCCACUUAAGGGUUGCGUAGCCGUUUGCGAGACGUGUUACGCGCGGCACGCCUCGCAAGGCUGCCGAUGUGAGCCCGGUGUAUUAACAGGGAGCAACACCUCGAGCAGGCAUCAUGCGAUAGCCAACGACAUCGGCUAUUCCAGGGAUCCGGAGAAAAGGCUACUCGAUCCAGUAACCCCGGAACUCUGAACCGACCGAUCGCCCUCCGAUUUUUUAAUCCUGUAAAUCUAUACUGGACUCACACCUUCGGGGUGGUGAGGAGGGUGGUGCGAUAUAUGCGCAUUGCAUUAAGUACAAGAGUUGCAUUUAAGUCCGGAAUUCGAACGUUUUUACACCGACGAACUAAAUUACUAUUACUAUUACUAUUACUAUUAUUAUUAUUAUUAUUAUUAUUAUUAUUAUUAUUAUAUUAUUAUUAUUAUUAUUAUUAUUAAUUAUUAAUUAUUAUUACAACUAUUAUCGUAACGUCUGAUCACGCCGCGAGUGUUUUAUUUAUUAUUCUUUCACGUGCGAGAACGUAUACAUACAUACAUAGAAACGGUGUACGAUGAGAGGGACGUGUUUGCUUAUAUGCGCGUAUCUGUGUGCAUGCGUGUCUUGACAUUUACGUAUGUGUGAGUAUGCCUGCGUGGGAGAGAAAGAGAAAGAGAGAAAAAGAAGGAGAGAGAGAAAGAGAGAGAGAGAGAGAGAUAGGCGAGAGGGAUUAGAAUACGAGCGACAUACCACUUACGACUUAGGGAGAGAGCUAACUUGUGUACACUACGAAAAUGUAAAACGUUUAGGGGACGAACUCUUGCGCAUAGAUGUGUGCGUAUCGGCUCGAAAAAAUUUUCAUAUAUUAAAUAUAUGUAUAUUGUAUAUUAUGUUUGUAUAAAGGAUCAUCUUUUCUACGAUUAAUUUAUUCGCGGAUAUAUUGCCAAAUAUAUAUAGUCGAACGCGUAGCACGUAAAUAUAUAUAUAUAUAUAUAUAUAUGAUAUAUAUAUAUAUGGUGGAAGUGUCG